AGUGCGGCAGGAUAACGGAGUUGCUGGACACGUUCCCUGCCCGCCGCGACCUAGAGGAUUGUAAGAGAUCUCUGAAGAGGCCGAUUUAGGGGACCUGCUGCUUCUUCCCCUGCCCCAGAGGAGGAGGCGGGAGGUUGCUUGCUCAGCUCCUCCCGCGUGCGGUAGGACAGGUUAAGCUUAGAGACGGAGACCGAGGCAGACGGGUUGAAGGCUGCGUCUGGCUCCGGGGAUGGAUAGGAGGCAGCAGGAGGCAGAGAAGGUCAAGCCCCUGGGCUUCCUUAAGCCCGUGACUCUAGGGAAGGUUCCCGGCCGGUUCCAGAUGCACCAGAACUCCCUGCCUCGCCUGCCCGUGCCCCCGCUGCAGCAGACCCUGGACCACUACCUGACAGCGCUGCAGCCCAUCGUGAGCGAGGAGGAAUGGAGCCACACCAAAAAGCUGGUGGACGAGUUCCGCAGCUCGGGGGGCGUCGGAGACCGGCUGCAGAAGAGCCUGGAGCGGAGGGCCCGGAAGACCGAAAACUGGCUCUCGGAAUGGUGGCUGCGGACCGCCUACCUCGAGUACCGUCAGCCCGUGGUCAUCCACUCCAGCCCGGGACUGGUUUUGCCCAAGCAGGACUUUGUGGAUUUGCAGGGUCAGCUCCGGUUUGCCGCCAAACUCAUCGAAGGCGUCCUGGACUUCAAGGCUAUGAUUGACAACGAAACCCUCCCGGUGGAGCACCUCGGUGGGAAGCCCCUGUGCAUGAAUCAGUACUACCAGAUCCUCUCGUCCUGCCGCAUCCCGGGUCCCAAGCACGACUCGGUCAUCAGCUACAACAAGGGGAAGAAGCGACCCGAGCACAUCACCGUGGUUCACAAUUACCAGUUUUUCGAGCUGGACGUGUACCACAGCGACGGGACGCCCUUCACCUCCGACCAGAUCUUCACCCAGCUGGAGAAGAUCUGGAACUCGUCCCUGCAGGCCAACAAGGAGCCCAUCGGGAUCCUCACCACCAACCACCGCAACAGCUGGGCCAAGGCCUACAACAACCUCAUCAAAGACAAGACCAACAAGGCGUCGGUGCGCUCCAUCCAGAAGAGCAUUUUCACCGUGUGCCUGGAUGCCCCCAUGCCCCGGGUAUCCGAAGACAUCUACAAGAGCCGGGUGGCCGCCCAGAUGCUGCACGGCGGGGGCAGCCGGCUCAACAGCGGCAACCGUUGGUUCGACAAGACCCUUCAGUUUAUCGUGGCGGAGGACGGCUCCUGCGGUCUGGUGUAUGAACACGCCACUUCGGAGGGCCCGCCCAUCGUGGCCCUGCUGGACCACAUCGUGGAGUUCACGAAGAAGCCGGAGCUGGUGAGGUCGCCCAUGAUCCCCCUGCCCAUGCCCAAGAAACUGCGAUUCAACAUCACCCCUGAGGUCAAGAACGACAUCGAGAAGGCCAAGCAAAACCUUAACAUCAUGGUGCAGGACCUGGACAUAUCCGUGUUUGUGUUCCAUCACUUUGGGAAGAAUUUCCCCAAGUCGGAGAAGAUGAGCCCCGAUGCCUUCAUCCAGAUGGCCCUGCAGCUGGCAUACUUCAGGAUCUACGGCCAGUCCUGCUCCACCUACGAGAGCGCCUCCCUCCGCAUGUACCACCUGGGCCGGACCGACACCAUCCGCUCGGCCUCCGUCCACUCCCUUGCCUUCGUCAAGGCCAUGGACGACGCCAGCGUGCCGGAGCACGAGAAGGUGGAGCUGCUGCGUAAGGCGGUACAGUCCCACAGAUCCUACGCAGACAGGGCCAUCCGAGGGGAGGCCAUCGACCGGCACCUGCUGGGGCUGAAGCUGCAGGCCAUAGAGGACCUGGCCAGCAUGCCCGAGAUCUUCAUGGACACGUCUUACGCCAUCGCCAUGCAUUUCAACCUGUCCACCAGCCAGGUCCCGGCCAAGACGGACUGCGUGAUGUGCUUCGGACCGGUGGUGCCAGACGGUUACGGCGUCUGCUACAACCCCAUGGCGGAUCACGUCAACUUCGCCGUGUCGGCCUUCAACAGCUGCGCGGAGACCAAUGCCGCGCGUAUGGCCCACUACCUGGAAAAGGCCCUGCUGGACUUGCGGACCCUGCUGCUGGCCCACCCCAAGUCUAAGCUGUGAGGCCCCGGGGGCCAGCCCCCAGCCCCCACACCCAGACAAGUUGAGGGGGUUCACAGGGGGAGCGGUGGAGCAGCCAGGCGGCCCCAGUCCCAGCUCCUCUGUCAAGUGGCCCCUCGCUGCACCCUGGGGGAAGGCAGGCGGUAGUCUCUUCCCUUUCUGCCAACAAAAGAGAGUGCAGCAGCCUCCUAACGGCCCAGCCCUUUUUCUUGGAGAAGGGACCCCAGCCCCCAGCCUCCCCUCUACACAGGCCUUCCUGUGGAACUCCCAAACUCUCCCUCCGACACCCCCGCCCCCGCCUAGCUGGGUCUUCCCACGUGGCCCUGGGGUCACAAGGGACUGCCCCGCUAAAUAAGCUUACUCAGGCAAGAAGGGGUGUUGUCCCCUUAAGUUUUCCCUGCCGGGACUGGCCCUCCUUAUCCCCCCCAGCUUCUCUUCCCUUCUUGCACAAUAGCCCAAUCCGGCCCGUUGCCUCCCGCCCCUACUUCUCCAAGCCCACGGCCUCCCCGUCCUGCCCCGGGAUGGUUCGGAGCCUCCGGAGCCGGUUGGGCUUCUAUUCCCCUGUGGGUCUGAUUGUACCCCAGGUGUGUCUAACGGUCUGAUUUUUGCCCAGCUGAGGGUGGGGCGGGAGGAAGGGUCUUUCUUGGAUCUCCCUGUGGAAGGAAAGACCCAGCCCCUCCUCCCCCUAGGCGGGCUUCCCACUCUCUGCAGCCCCAGGUGGGAUGGGUGGCCUGGGCGUUGACCAGUCCCACUACCCGGAUACCACUCUCUUUCCCGGACUCAAAGAGAUUCCGGGGUCACGACGCAACCGCUUCUCUCCCCGUCUUCCCCGUCAUCCUCUUAGAGAGCAGCCAGAACCGGGCCUGAAGAAGCCCAGAGACGACAGGGAAAGUGCCUUCACCAGCUGCUAUUAACCAGCUCUCCCCGCCAAUCUGUUAGAGCUUUUCGGCUCCCCUCCCAGCCGGGAAGCCGUCAGGGCCUAAGGAGACACUGUAACACUAGGCCUCUAGCUCCAGGGCUGCCGGCUAACUUCCCGGCCCCGCAUCGGGCCCCCUCCACCGCUAGCUCUGGCCAAAACCAGAGUCCCUGAGUCUCCCAAGGGCCAGAUGCUGAAAUACCACCCCUUCCGCCCACCUCUCUCUGGAAGGGAAAUGCCCCACAGCCAACCAGAUCGGAGUUUUUUCUGGACUCUGGUUUACAGGGAGGACCUCUCCCCCGCUAUUUAGAAGGAUAAACAGUAUUCACUUUAUUGUCCAGUUGGGCUCAAAACUGCCAUCCGACUAGGGGGCACUGACGUCCGGUGGCGGGCCAGAGAGAAGAGACCCGGCCCCCCACGCUCUCUCCUCACCAGAAGCCCCCUUGACCUUUAAGCUGCAGUCUCACCGCCCGGGGUCUCCGGAGGCUUUGCCGAGAGACGUGCUGGCCCCUGGGGUCUCUUCUGAGGAGCGGUCCCCUCCCCACCCCGCCGAGGAGCACAGAGGAGAUCAGCCAACUCCCUCACCUGCAUGAAUUUUUGACCAUUCAUGUCGCGUGGUGGUUCAGAUGUUAUUUUUGAUAAUGUGAUCUGUGGCCUGGAUGCCUUGGGCUCUCGGUCAGUGAGAUUUCUUCAUGUUCAUGAUUGUAUAGUAAUAUUAAUUAAUAAAAGGGAAAUCUGCUGGAGAAAACUGUG